GCGCCAUCGGGGGAAGCGGAGGCGGCGGCGGCGGCGGAGGAGGAGGCGGCGGCGGCUUGGAGCCAGACCUCAGCCCGGCCGUCCCCGUCCCCCUCCCCGCCGCGGGGGGAGACAGCGCCAAGGGCAGCCCAGGGCUCGUGGCGGCCGUGGCCGGAGCCGGAGGGGCCGGUGAGAGAGGUGGUGGGGGGAGGGGCGCCUGCCUUCCUUCUUUGCCCAGGCUCCCUCUCUGAAUUCGCCUUUCUCCCCGCAGGUGCCUCUUCGUCCUCCUCCUCUUCCUCUUCUUCCUCCUCUUCCUCCUCGUCCUCACUGCUGGCGCAUCCCGCGGAGGCGGCGCCCUCGGUGCCCAACGGGAUCUUCGCGCCGCCCGGAGUGGCCGCCAACGGGGACUCGAAGUCUGCCGCCCUCGCCGCUGCCUCAUCCGCCGCCUCCUCUUCGGCCUCCGCCGCCCCGGCCUCCUCUCCCGCCUCCAGCACCCCACUGGUCGACUUUCUGCUGCAACUGGAGGAUUACACGCCCACGAUCCCAGAUGCUGUCACGGGCUACUACCUGAACCGCGCUGGCUUCGAAGCUUCCGAUCCGCGCAUCAUCCGCCUGAUCUCCCUGGCUGCCCAGAAGUUCAUCUCCGACAUUGCCAACGACGCUUUGCAGCACUGCAAGAUGAAGGGGACGGCCUCUGGCAGCUCCCGAAACAAGAGCAAGGACAAGAAAUACACCCUCACCAUGGAGGACCUUGCCCCUGCGCUCUCCGAGUACGGCAUCAACGUCAAGAAGCCCCACUACUUCACUUAGCUGCCUGCCCCCAACCCCCUGGAUUCACUCUUGGACUGCUUCUUUUUCUUCUUGGCUGCUGUACCAUUAAAGUUCUCCCUUUCUUGAGG